CUCCCUUCCCUCUCUACAUCUCAUCUCACCGCUACUCCUCUUCUAACAACAGGAAUAUAUGCUUCCAGUCCACACUGCAAUUCCUUCUUGAUCAUCAGGCUAUUGUUGCCUUUGAGAAUUUGAGUCCAUUCCCGAACACUUUAUCCCAUCAUCAUUCAACAUGUUCGUCUACAAACGAGACGGACGCAAAGAACGCGUUCAGUUCGACAAGAUCACUGCUCGUGUUUCGAGACUGUGCUAUGGUCUCGACCCCGAUCAUGUCGACGCUGCAGCCAUCACCCAGAAGGUCAUAUCUGGAGUCUACCAAGGCGUCACCACGUUUGAACUCGAUAACUUGGCCGCUGAGACCGCUGCCUAUCUCACCACCACCCAUCCAGACUAUGCCGUCCUCGCUGCACGUAUCGCAGUAUCGAAUCUUCACAAGCAGACCAAGAAGCAGUUCUCAGCUGUCAUCUCAGACCUGUACCACUACGUGAACCCCAAGAAUAAUAAGCCCGCCUCCAUGAUUGGCGAAUCGACAUACAAGACUGUCAUGAAGCACGCAGACGAGCUCAACUCUGCCAUUGUCUAUGAUCGAGAUUUCAACUACCAGUAUUUCGGGUUCAAGACAUUGGAACGGUCGUAUCUCCUCAAGAUCAAUGGCAAGGUGGCCGAGCGUCCUCAACACAUGAUCAUGCGUGUCGCUGUGGGCAUUCAUGGCGAGGAUAUCGAGAAGGCGAUAGAAACCUACAAUUAUAUGUCGAACAAGUACUUCACUCAUGCGUCGCCUACCUUGUUCAAUGCAGGAACUCCGAUGGCUCAACUCGCUUCAUGCUUCCUCAUCGAUAUGAAGGAAGAUAGCAUUGAAGGUAUUUACGAUACAUUAAAGACCUCGGCGAUGAUCUCCAAGACUGCCGGUGGCAUCGGUCUUAAUGUUCACCGGAUCCGUGCUACCGGAUCGUACAUUGGUGGAACCAAUGGCACGUCGAACGGCCUGAUUCCUAUGCUUCGGGUCUACAACAAUACUGCACGCUACGUUGACCAAGGUGGCAACAAGCGUCCUGGCGCCUUCGCAAUUUACCUCGAGCCCUGGCAUGCGGAUGUUUUCGGGUUCUUGGAUCUUCGAAAGAACCACGGCAAAGAGGAAGUCCGUGCUCGCGACUUGUUCUACGCCCUCUGGAUUCCCGACCUCUUCAUGAGACGAGUUGAGCAGAAUGGCGAGUGGACCCUGUUCUGCCCCAAUGAGGCUCCUGGCCUUGCCGAUGUCUACGGCGACGAAUUUGAGGAGCUCUAUGAGCGAUACGAACGCGAAGGACGUGGUCGUGAGACCGUUCGUGCUCAGAAGUUGUGGUACUCUAUCUUGGAGGCUCAAACGGAGACUGGCAACCCGUACAUGCUCUACAAGGAUGCUUGCAACCGAAAGAGCAACCAGAAGAACUUGGGCACCAUCCGCAGCUCCAACCUGUGCACUGAAAUCAUCGAGUACACCGCUCCGGAUGAAGUCGCGGUCUGCAACCUGGCCUCCAUCGCGCUGCCAACUUGUGUGGACAUCGCUCGUGGAGAGUACAACUUCCAGAAGCUGCACGAAGUCACUCAGGUUGUGGUUCGGAAUUUGAACAAGACCAUUGACGUGAAUCACUACCCUGUCCCGGAGGCUCGCAACAGCAACAUGCGCCAUCGACCUAUCGGUGUCGGUGUUCAAGGUCUUGCGGAUGCUUUCCUUGCCCUUCGCAUGCCCUUCGACUCUGAAGAGGCUCGAAAGCUCAACCUCCAGAUCUUCGAGACUAUCUACCACGCAGCGCUUACCGCCUCCUGCGAGAUUGCUAAGGUGGAUGGGGUCUACUCGACCUACGAGGGCAGCCCCGUCUCUCAAGGCAUUCUUCAAUACGACAUGUGGAACGUCACUCCCACAGAUCUUUGGGACUGGGCCGCGUUGAAGGACGAGAUUAAGAAGUACGGUGUCCGCAACAGCUUGCUCGUCGCUCCCAUGCCUACUGCCAGCACGAGCCAGAUUCUGGGCUUCAACGAAUGCUUCGAACCGUACACCUCCAAUAUCUACCAACGCCGUGUCCUGGCGGGCGAGUUCCAAGUCGUCAACCCGUGGCUGCUGAAGGAUCUUGUCGACCUGGGUCUGUGGUCCGACAACAUGAAGAACCGCAUCAUCUCCGAAGGCGGCUCCAUCCAACGCGUCCCCAACAUCCCCGAUGACCUCAAGUUGCUGUACAAGACGGUUUGGGAAAUCCCUCAACGCACAAUCAUCCAGCUGGCCGCGGACCGUGGUGCCUUCAUCGACCAAUCUCAAUCCCUCAACAUCCACAUGAAGGAGCCUACCAUGGGCAAGAUCACCAGCAUGCACUUCGCAGGCUGGAAGAUGGGCCUCAAGACCGGCAUGUACUACCUGCGAACCAUGGCUGCUUCCGCUCCGAUCCAGUUCACCGUCGACCAAGAGCAACUCAAGGUCGCCGACACCAACGUCGCCCGCACUCCCGGUGCGAUGAAGAAGCGCACUCUGGCGAGCACCCCUUACUCCAUGAGCUCUCCAGCAACCAUGAGCUCUCCGGCGGCCAUCCCAAAGCCCAUGUACAUGCAGAAGCCUCAGCCCACGACCACCUCCAACGGCGUCCCCACCCCCUCGACCACCCCGCCCCCCACCUCCGAAAGCAAAUCCUCCUCCCCUGCCACCAAGAAAGACCCGCUGAAGAACCCCGAGUUCAAGGCCGAUGUGGAGGAGGGCGACAGCCCGAAGCUCCUCAGCACGGAUCCGUCGGGGGAGCCGGUCGAGGAGAAGCUGAUCGACCGCUCUGAAGCGGCCGAGGCGAAGCCGAAGCAAGAUGAGGAUGGCGAGGGCGACAGCAAGGACCGCGAGGGCGACAUCUAUGCUGAUGAGGCGCUGCAGUGCAGUAUCGAGAACAAGGAGGCCUGUGUUAUGUGCAGUGGUUGAGUGGCCUUCCCGGCGAGGAGAUGAGAGCAUGUAGUGAUAUGGCGGUAUGAACAAUCGGGAUGGGAUUAUGGGUUUGAACUUUGGAGAGACGGCGCAUGACUUGGUUUUGUUAGAUAGCAGUAUGAGAGCACACGCUGCUUAAUAUCACUUUACACAUCGUUAUUCUUGAUAAGGUAUCAGGUAUCUUUAUAGUAGACCGGAAGUUGUCUUGGACACUUGGCAAUUGAGACUUCGAUCAAUAAACUUGGACUUGCUUGGCU